AUGAAUGCUGCGGCAAGCGGGGCCCUGGAGUCCGGACUGAAGCAAUUGAGGAUCGACCAUCGAAUUGGCUCUCAUGAGUUGACACCCAUCGCAUUAACCGCAUUUAGAGAGGUCCUGAUUCAUCUGCGUUGUGACGCAAGCUGGUGGGAAACCGCUCGGAUGGCUGCAUGGCAACUAUGGAAGAAUAGACGGGAGAGCAUGGGAGCUGCGACUCUGAAUGAAUUUUUGGGAGCGCUUGCAGAUAUAGAGACUACAGCCAGUGAAAGUCUUGAAUCUGGGCUUGUGUGGGAUCGUAUAUUGGCCGUGGUCGACCAUCACCUCGAAAAUCGUCGGUCGAUGCCUUCGCCCAUCAAAAAGACCUUUGCAAUUUAUCUUCAGAUAGAGUUCGUUCCGACUGCACAGUCACGCUUUCAUCAAACUCUCACCAUCAUUACGCUCUCUGCCAGCUCCACGAUUCGGGAUAGCGCCGAGUAUCAUACACUAUCGCGAGACUCUGUACUCUACCUCGCAAACAUCCCAUUUAGAGCGCGCUCCUCCAAGCCUAGAGACGGAGGGAUAAUUUCGGAAACAACCCCCGGUUCCCACUAG